UAGUGGUGACGGAGCGGAGCGCGAUGCCGCUGGUGCCGCGGCUGCUGGUGCUGGUGCUGGUGGCGGUGCAGGACGGCGGCGGCUGUCACCAGCGGCAGAGGCCGAUCACAGGUGGCAGACGCAGGCUGAUUCCGCGAGAAGGAGCCUCGGCCUGCUACCUCCUGCCACUGACGGACCAUAAGAGGGUUCUUCGAGAAACCACAAGGCCGUUCGGAGAAUGUCAGAACUCAACAGUAACCAUUUUGGUGGACGGCCAGUGGCGCUGUGUGCAGACGCUCACAGGGCGGCUGGUGCCCCCGGCUGACGCCAUGAGCUGCCCCGAUGACGGCGCCUGGUACCUGCUCGGCCUCAGACACGUCAUUGGCACCCACAUGACUGUCCAGCCCUCUCGUCCAGAACCCGGCGAGAGGUUUGUUUGUUACCAGCUGCGGCGGCCCGAGCGAGACCCACUCUUCUGGCGGACUCAUUUGGAGAAGACCGACCUGGGGCUCUACUACUGCAAAGCUCUGUAUGGGUUCGGCACGGCAGCUGUUGCUCUGUACUUGGUGGCCGAUGCUGAUAACGUGCGGCACGGGUUCUGCUUUUUCGCCGGCUCCAGCUCGGACGUGCCGCGGGCGGUGUCCCCCGGCUGGUGCCAGCCCUCGGCGGGCGGCGUGCUCGCGCUCCGAGCCUGGCGCACAUAGCGCCGAGGGCAGCGCGCCCGCCCGGCCCGCCGCCGCUGUCAUCCGGGCAGCGUCCGGCCGUCCGGCCGUCCGGCCCCCGCUGCAACUGUGCCGGGAAGUGGUCUCUGUGGUCUCGACCUGUGCCGGGAAGGCCGGUACCGGGGCGCUCUAUCACGUCGCCGCCCACACGCACCAGUAUGGCGCCAGUGCCGGAGAGGCUGUGUGACGACACCGGCACCGCCCGAACACUGCCGACGGCCCGCAACACACACCCAUGGGGCGCCCCGGAAGUGACACACUGUAAUGUAACUGUGACAGGCUAAUGUAACACGAGCGUGAGCAGGUUACGCUGCCGAUCGAGCAAUGCCGCAUUUGGAGUCUUGCGAACGGCAAAGAUUCAACGUGACGUCACGCAGAAUCUUUGCCGUCCGUGGACUAGGAACCCGGCCUAGAAACUGUUCACUGCGUUCCUUUUAUGUGGAGCUGCUCAGCCGAAGAUUGCUGCAGCCAGAGUAUAAUAAAGUACCGUAAUAGUAGUAUCCACCGCGCCGGUUGCCUGUCGGCUCAGCGCUGGCAGCCGCCGCCUGGAACCGGUAGACUGUGCCGCCUGACUGGAGUGUUGAGCGGGUCAGCCUACCCAGACCGGCCCGGCUCGGCGGUGGAGACUGAGCGCUGUGUGGGCUGGACGUCCCCGCGAGGAGCGCAGGACUUCGUGCCUCUUACACCCAAAUGCAUAUCCACCUAGAAUCCGUUUGGCUGAAUCUGGUUUUUGCACAAUAUUCGCAUAAAAAUAUGACAUAGCACUUUAUGGGAUAAUUAUGCAUGUUAUGUAUUUAAGCAUAAGGGAAAAUUUAUUUGGAAGUAAAAGCAACGAAACUCUGUAAUAGUGAUGGAAACAGACAACAGUGCAUUGUCCAUUUAAUUAAGUCGUCCAAAGACAUUGCACAUCCAUCACAUUGUGCUUGAAACUGAUUUGUGUGUAAAAGGCGAGCCGCGGGAACACCGAGAAAGUCGCCGGGCCGAUAAAUUCCUCUGCCACUGUCAAAAGUGUCCAUUAUAAGAUGUAGCUAUACGGUUUCAUCACGUGUCUUUCAGGAUCUGAGAAUGUUUUCGAGCAUGGACAGCUGAAGAGUUUGCUGAGCUCCGUUGACUCCGUUAAUUGAAUCACAUGUCUAUGAGCGUUUUAUUGCCGUGACCAUCCGUGACCAGCUGUGACCACAAAACCGCUGUGACCUUGUACCUUUGUAAUGACAUGCGCGUUAGCUGAUCCAGUAGUCAUCGCCCUCUAGUAACGGCUGUACGCUUGAACAUUUUACACGACCUUGAGCUGAGAUGACGUCCAUUACAUAUAAUACCAAGAUGAGGUUUC